AUGGUUCAGAUUUACUGGCAAAAAAAAUUGCUCCACAUCAAUCACUCCGAAGCCCCCAAACAUGGCGUCGAUCAAAUCCUCUGCUUCGCGUUACACCUCCUACGAUUCUCGAUCUUCGACCCAGCCUUUCCAAUCCGACCCCUCAUCCUCCACCGAGCUCAAACCCAACAAACCCUUAAUCAAACGCCUCAUUGGCGGCUCCGCCAAUCGCAACCACCACCAGCCUCCGUCUGCGGCGGCGCAGAGCUCUUCUCGAGCCAUCGUGAAGGCCAAACCGUCGGAUUUAGUUCAGGUGAAGCAAAAGCAAGAUCAAAAUUUGAGUGGGUUGGUCAAGAAAUUGAUGGGGGCGAAGCCGAAGAAGGCGGCGAAUUUUGUGAUUCCAGUGGAUUUAUUGCGGAGGAUUUGAAGAAGACGGCGAAGAAAGGGUCGAAUUUGGGUGGGUUGAAUCGGAAAUUGUUUGGUAAAGGGUCGGAGAUGAAGGCAUUGACGGAGGUGAAGUCGAAUACGAGAACUUUGGCGAUGGUGCUGAGGAGUGAAAGAGAGCUUUUGAGUCAGAAAAAGGAGCAGGAGGUGGAGAUCACUGAUCUCAAAUUGAUGGUAGAGGAGAAAAACAGAGAGGUUGAGAAGCUGAAGGAUUUGUGUUUGAAGCAAAGGGAAGAGAUAAAGGCGUUGAAGAAUGCUGUACUAUUUCCGGAUGCCAUGAAUUCGCAGUUUCAGGAACUUUGGGAGAAGCAAGGUUCCGAACUAAAGCAGGCAAAACGACUCAUCCCUAGUCUCCAUAGACAGGUCACUUCUCUUACAGGCCAACUUCAAUGCCUUGCCGAAGAUCUUGCAGAGGUGAAGGCAGAUAAAUAUUCAGUGAGGAGGUGUUAUGAUAAUCUUGUCAGCUCUCCGAGGACACUGGCAUAUGAUCAAGAAGACACCCCUAAUUCUCUGGAAUUUGAGGCAUUGGGCUGUGAUUCUUCACCGGAUGAAAGAUUUUCUAGAAACAAUAUGCAGUUGAGGCACGAGAUUGGUUUUGACUUCUGUGUUAGAAAAAUGUUAAAAAGUUCAGAUUGUUGCCAAUGUUCCAACUCAUCAGGGAGCACUUCUGCCCGACCAGCACGCAGAUCAGGCGAAAGCAAAUGCACAUAUGGAAAGCAGAUGAACCAUAAGUUUUUGAGUUAUUUGGUGAAUAGUAUAAGCACAUAGAAAUUGAUCACAGAACCGAACACAAAUUGUAUAUAGAUGGCUAAGAAAUGUGGAUCCACCCAACAAAUUUUUAAAAAUCUUAUCCAUUCACAUAUAUUUUGUGUCCAACUCUGUGAUCAUUUUUUGUGUUCAUAUCAGAACUGUGAUUUGGCGGCCUAGAGUUUGGAUGUACCAGAGCAUUUUGUUUUGAGCACAAUUUCUCCUUUACUCCUCUUCGUAUUGUGGUCUGUAAUUCUGGUUAGCACUCUAUUGGUUUUUAUAUGAUAUAAGAGGCACUGGCCAAUAUGUUCAUCUUCAGUAAAAGAAGAGGUUGAAAUUGCUCGACUUGAGAG